CAUUUUUCAUCACAUGCGAUUAUCCUUUAUAAUUUUCUCACCUUUUACCUUGAUUUUUGUGUUUUGAUGACGAUGAUGGUUGUGCUGAAGAUUGCCAUCAGUAUUUGUUGCCAGUUUUUUUGAAUUUUACUUGUACAAUCAUCGUUUUCUAUCUCACUGAUCUUUUUGCUCUUCUUUUUUUUCAAAGCAUUUCUUUUGUUGUUUUCCCUCUCUCCUUACCUUUUAUUGAGCAAAAAAUUCUUGGCACAUGGAAAACUUUUCUUCAGUUCCACAAGAUUGACUACAUUUCCAUCAUAAGCUGUGACUAUUGAGAUGGUUCUUUCUCUUUCUCCUUUUCUCCUUCUUAUUCAUCACCAUCUUCCUUUCAUUAGGAUUUAUCAUCUUUGGUUUGUGUCAUUGUGCUAACCAUUUUUUUGCACUGCUAAAUAGUAGUUAAAAUCUGAUCACCUGCUUUACACUAUUAAUUUUGAAAAUUUCUUUGAGUACCUGGGCUAAAGUGAAAGUCAAGAUGGCAACAAGUGUUACCUACCAUUUUGAUCACACAUUAAUCUAAAGCAAAACUGAUUACUGUUGGUUGGUUGGAGCCCGCAUUUGACUAAAUUGAUCAUCAUCGAAUUAAUGUUACCCAAAAUGGAUUGGAAAUCGUACAUUUCAUUAAAUGGUGAUGAAGUCAAUGAAACUUGCCAUUGUUUAAUAUUCAUCAAUAUCACUUGAAUCUGGCAACGAAACUUUGAAUAAUGGUGGAAUAUUUUACCCAUUUGGACUUUAAAGGUAGAUGGAAGGUGAUGAUGAUGAAUCUGGUGAUGAUAAUAAUGAAAAUAAUGAUGAUAAUAAUGAAUGGUAAUAAGAAAGCAGUGAAAAGAAGAAGUAAUUUGCUGCAAGAAAAGAAAUGUAAUCUUCACUUUUGACCAUUACACAUUUUUAUGCCUGUUUGCAAGGAAAUAAGAAAGAGGACGAUUAAUAAUAGCAAGCCUUUUCCUGUUUGCAUAAAAUUACAUUGUAUUAUUGUAUAAUGCUUUCUCUAUACACUGUCCACUUUAUCCUGGCUCUGUAUUUGUGUGUAUUUAUUGUGAAUUGACCCUAAGUGAGGGUGAAAUUUGCCGCAAAAAUUUGGAUAACAAUGAACAUCAUUUUUAUGGUAAAAUUUUUUGAUUAUACUCAGCAACCCCUUAAUAUCACGGUUAUAUGUAAUUUAACAACAACUUGGAAUGAAAAGUUUACCUGGUGAAAUACGAUGGAGUGGCAGAAAAAGACUUUAACCCAAGAAAAAGAAGAAUAAGAAGAAUGGAAUGGAAAAAUGGCAAAAAAGUAGAAAGUAAUAAUUAUCCCUCAACUAUCACAUGAAGAUUAUGAGCUUUGGCCAUUUAUUAAUGGGUUGCAUUACAAGGCUGUGAUCAAAUUGCCAUGGUUACAUUGAACCAGCACACAUCGUCCAGCACCCAGAAUGGUUAAUGGUCUUCAUGAGACAUGAUAAUACGGUUCGUUGGAUUCACUGGUUAAGAUGAAAUGGCAAACAUGUUAUUUUGAACGCAUAAGAAGCAAGAAAAAAAGAGUCGCCAAAUUUUAUCUUCAGAGAUUCUUCAAGGUAAACUUUGCCAAAAGGUUGAAGUGACAAACAAAAAAGAGGAAGGAGAAUCAAGGUGUAGAGGAAAAGGAGGAGGAUGCCGAUGAUGGUAGUGGUGACGAUGAUGAUGAAGAUGAUGGUUAAAAGGCAAAAGAGUUUAUCUAAACAAGCUCAACUACCUAUUAUUAUGUUAUUAUGUUUUUGCAGAUUCAUUAACUUUGACUUUUCUCUAUCUUGACCAUCAUCUUGGUGAUGACAUGAAAUGCCUCCUGUUACAUCUGUAAUGAACCAUUGGUCGACAAAAUUAAUUGUUCAUCUAAAUCAUUAUCUUUAAUAACAUGAUAAUCUUUCCUGAUGAUAACAACUCUAAGUAAUUAUUCAAAGGAAUGAAGAUGAAAGGAAAUUUUCAAGACAUGAUAAAGAGAAACCAAAAGGUUGAUCAUCAUCUUUCUAGAGAUGAAUGGAUGUGGAUGGAUAAUCUUUCUCUCUCUCUUUCUACAUUCUUUAUCAUCCAUUCAUCAUCAAUGUCUUUGUUCAAUCUCUUCUAAAUUAACUGCUCUUUUCCCAAUCAUCAAAUUUAUAGUUACUCAAGAUGGAAUUGAAAGGAAAAAUGAAACUUUGAAUACUUUUCAAAAUCUUUUCAUGAUAUUUUUCACCUCUUUUCUGACUAACUUUGUUAACUUUAAUGAUUCUUAUUCAUUUUUUUCAUCAAGGAAACACUCAUUGGUUCCUAUUCAACAUUGACCUUCAGUUAAUAUGGUCCAUCGAAUCCAUUUUAAUCUGUUUAAUCUCCUGAUGUAGACUAUUCAUAAAGAUGAAAGAGCUGAGAAAAGGUUAAGUUAAAUGAUGAAAAGUAAAGGUUAACUUUUAUAUUUGAUCAAAUUUUUUACAAUCUAACCCAAUCCAUAUAAUUAAUAGCAUCACAAUCUUGGUCAAUUUGCUUCUGGAUAACAAAAUGAAAUUCUGGUCAAUCUUAUAUUCACCUUUUUAGCGAUAAUUUUCGCAAUGUGAAUUGACUGUAUCAUUUACCAAUGGCUGAUCAUUGCUGAGCAUAUCAUUGGAAUGCUUUGCAGGUUGAAGUUGACAUUUUGGUUCGCCAUCAACGAGGAUCAAGAAUGAUAAUGAUACACAAGAUGAUCGUUAACCUGAAACUAUUUCCACUUGAUAAUGAUUGGGAUAUACACGUUAAAUCUUUCUCAUCUUAUUGGUAAAAGGUCAACAAAUAGCCAACACUGGGAAAGCUAGGAAAAGAGGGAAAAGCAAUACAAACGGACCAAAGAGGCCAAACUGAGUGGGUCAAUUUGAUUUAACACGAUUCAGUUCCAUUUAAUAGAUGAAACUCGGAUGAUGGUGAACAAAGCUACCAAGCUCAGUUGAUUAUAACGAUAAUUAAAUGUAAAGAUAAGGCUCAUCCAUCAUCGAACCAACACUGGUAACAAAGAUAUUUGCCUGCAUCAAUGAGGUGCCUCAUCAUUAUUACCAUAGGAAUCCAGGAUGCUUUAAGCCUAAAGGUUACAUGAAUUUGAGGUCAACUUCAAAUCAAGAUUGAGAACGAUUUGAUUUUCCUUUCAACUUAUCUUUCCAUCAAAGAUGAAAACAAAAUCAAAUCUGAUUAUUUUACAUUAUUAUUCGUGUUUAUCCUUUUACUUUUUGCUUCUUUGGAUGGUUAACAUGGUGGUUACUGACUGAUUAUCAUAAAUUAUCAAUUAAUACUCAAGAGAAAGAUUAGCAAAUGGAUAACAAGCAUUUCAUGAUUAGUGUUGAACAUCUUUUUCCGCCGUGGCUUACAUGAAAAUGAACCAUUAUUAUAAUGUUAACUACAGACCAGAAAACGUUCAAAAUUAAAAAGCUACAAACUGGUUAAGAAAGUAAAAUAUGGUUUGUGAUAAUCUGUGGAACUCGAUGGAACUUUGAAAUUUCAAUUCCGUUAUGUUUGGCUUACUGUUGUUUGAAGUGUCGAUUGUUAGCAGCUAUCAUGUGGAAAGGAGUCGAGUGUCCGGUUGAAUAAUGGUUAACAUGCAUAAUUUCUGAUCUUUGGCGUUUUCCAUUUCUUUUUUAUGAAAAUUAUCAGGCUUUCAACAUAUUGUAAAAAAAAGGCAAGAUGGAAAAGACAACAGUUAAGGUGAAUGAACAAAAGAAGAGGAUAAUUCUGUGAAUCAUGUUACUACAACCGGAUCAAUUGAAAUUAUCAAGGUUAACAUUGACUAAUUGUUCAACACCAAUGAAGUCCACCAAGCAAAGUGUCGUUGGAUUAAUUUUUAAUUCACUUGUGUCAAGUACAUCAUCUCUUGUGUCCAUUUGGAUAAUUUUAUCACUACUCUCAUCGCCACCACCACCAAUAGUCCCAAACUCAUCGUUAUUUUCAUUAGGAUUUUUUACAAUUGUUUUAACUUGCACAGCAUCACCCUCAUCGGUGCCCAAUUCACAUGCUGACAACAAUUUUCCUCCUCGAUUUACCUCGACCGGUUCAUCUCUUGGUUCAGGCUCGGAAAUUGUGAUUCGAGUGAAGGAAGGCCCAUCAUCAUUGGGUAAAGAAAUUUACCGGUUAACUGGUGAAGAUCCAGACGGUGAUCCGUUAACCUUUGGUGUUUUGGGUACCUUUGGUGAGGAUAUACUUAAAAUUGAAAAUGUGAAACCUUCUCAAGCCAUUAUCUACCUGCGAAAAGAGCUUGACCGGGAAACUCGAGACUCUUAUUCACUGGUUCUUACCUUGACAGAUGGUAAACUUGGUAAAGGAAACUAUAUUACCAAAUCCAUGUUAAUCAUUGUUGAAGAUAUAAAUGACAAUGAACCGGUUUUCCGGCCUUUCCGUACAACUGUCAGUUUGUCGGAAAAAAGUCGACCCGGAAUAAUUGAAACUGUUGAAGCAUUUGACCAGGAUGAAGGAAGAUUCGGACAAGUUUUGUAUCAACUCCAGGAAAUUGAUAAGGAAAAUAAUGGACCGAAAACGUUUUCAAUUGAAACGGUUGAAGGUAAAGGAGUUAUCAGUUUGGUCGGCGAUUUGGACUAUGAAAGGCGAUCACUUUAUCAACUGAAAAUACUCGCAAUUGAUCGAGCCAUUGAAGGUGACCGACAUACAGCUACUGCAACCCUUUUGGUGCGAGUUGAAGAUGCUGAGGAUAAUCCACCGAUAUUUACUUUUGUUCCCUCCGUAACUCGAAUUCCGGAAAAUCUUUCUCCAGGAUCAGAAGUUCUUCGUGUCAUUGCCGUUGAUGGUGAUCGUGGAGUCAACAAUGCAGUCACUUAUCGAAUUGUUAGGGGAGGCCAAGGUCACUUUACUAUCAACCCUUCCACUGGUACAGUUACAGUGGAGAGUCCACUUGAUCGGGAAGAGUCCAUUAGACGAGGGUCGGCUAACAGUGCUUACAUCUUGGAAAUUGCGGCAACUGAAGUCACUGUUGCUGUUUUUCCACCUCCAAGCGUUUCAACUGAAGUUACCAUUAUUUUGACUGAUGUCAACGAUGAAAAGCCCACUUUCAAGUCUGAAUCGUAUACGGUUGAGAUUAGUGAGAAUGCUCAGGCUGAUAUGCCGGUCAAGUUUAUUGGAACUGGAGAUGUACCUCAAGUGUAUGAUUACGAUCAGGGAACUAAUGGCACUUUUACGUUAACAUUGGAAGGUGACUCUGCUUCUAUAUUUGAAGUGACUCCAAGUGAGGCCAUCAAUGAGGCUACUUUUGUGAUCAGGGUUAAGGAUCCAAGUUCACUUGACUAUGAAACUACUAAAUCAUUGACAAUAAAUCUUGUUGCUCGAGAAAAGGCCUUUUCAACGGAAUCUCGAUCUUCAACUGUUCCUGUUACCGUUCAUGUUAAAGAUGCCAAUGACAAUUUUCCCACCUUUGACCGUGAACUUUAUCGAGCCUCAAUUCCUGAGAAUGCUGUCAAAGGAGCCAUUGUGACUCAAUUGAAAGCCACUGAUGUUGACUCGGGCAAUUAUGGAACAGCUGGCAUUCGUUAUACUGAAUUGUCUGGUGAACUUGCAUCUAAACUGUCUUUGGAUCAAAUGACUGGUAUUAUAACUCUGGCUACAUCGGAACAUGGCCUGGAUCGGGAAACUUUGGCUCAAUAUUACAUUACCGGUGAAGCUCGAGACAAUGAAGGAACUGGAAAUCGUAAUACUGUGCAAAUAUUUUUGACCAUUGAAGAUGUCAAUGACAAUAAACCUCGCUUUAUGGAGGAUCGUUAUGAGGCUCGCAUCUAUGAGAAUGAAGUUUCUUUUGUUAGUCCAGUCAUUCUUCGAGCCAUUGAUGCCGAUGCUCAAGGAACUCCAAAUUCACAAGUUAGAUAUUCAAUUGUCGAUGGUAUCUACAAAGACAAUUUUACCAUCGAUGCUCGCUCAGGCCGUCUUAAGGUUAAAGAUCCUCUUGACUUUGAAAGGAUCAAACAACCAAUGGGUGAAACAAAAAAUAUAUCUCUAGUGAUUCGUGCCUCUGAUCUAGGAAGUCCAUCACUCUUUAGUGACACCGAGUUGACCGUUAUAGUUUACGACAAGAAUGAUCAUUCGCCUAUUUUUCAACGCUCUUCGUAUGCCAAAUCAAUACCAGAAGAUAUUCGUGAUGGAUCAAUGGUUGUCCAAGUAAAAGCUAUUGAUGGAGACCAUUCACCAACCAACUCAAGAGUCUUUUACCGUAUCUCUUCUGGUUCACAGGAUAAAUUUGUUAUCGAUCCAGAUUCGGGUUUAAUCUCAGUUGCUACUGGUGCCAACCUUGAUCCUGAUCGAACCAAUCCCAAGCAAACAACUUAUGCUUUAGUCGUGACAGCUUUGGAUGGUAACUUUGGUCGAGAUCAGAAACAAUCUCAGGUUAUUGUUAAUAUAACGGUGGUUGAUGUCAACAAUAAACCACCAUCUUUCAUUGAACCCGGGAUUGUUUCAGUUCCUGAAGAUGCACCUAUUGGCUUUUUUGUGACCCGAAUAGCUGGUAAAGAUUUAGAUGAUCGUCCUCUUUUAAGGUAUUCAAUUGAUUACAUGUUAAGUGAAGCCCGGAAUCAAGUUGGCUCAAUGGUUGAUUGGAGUCUAUUCAAGGAAGCUUUUACAAUCAAUUCAGCCGAUGGAACAAUUCGAGUAAACAAAGAGUUGGACAGAGAGACUUGGGAUCAAGUUAAAUUGUAUCUAAUUGUUGAAGAUUUGGCAGCAGUUACACCAGGACAAAGAGCGUCUGCUUAUUUAACAAUAAAAAUUGCUGAUGUUAAUGAUAAUCGACCUGUUUUCCUGAAAGAGCUAUUUACUGGUGCUAUAACUGAAAAUGCGGCUCUUGGAACACCAAUAUUAUCGGUUAAAGCAGACGAUUAUGAUUUAAAUAAGACAAUUACCUAUUCAUUGGAAGGUCGUAAAGAAAUACUUGAUUUAAUUGAGAUUUCACCCAGAUCGGGUGAUAUUGUGGUUAAGGGUAAAAUUGAUAGAGAAACAUAUUCAUGGAUCAAUUGUACAGUAAGAGCAACCGAUGCUGGACCUUCACCAUUAUCCAGUCUUUCAAAAAUAUCUAUUCAAGUAUUUGAUGAGAAUGAUAAUAAUCCGGUUUUCAUUGUUAAUGGUAACAAUAAACUUACCUUUACGGCACCUGAAGAUGCACCAAUUGGUUCCUUAGUGGCUCAAGUAACGGCUCAUGAUGAUGAUGUUGGUCCAUAUGGUAAGGUUACUUACCUUUUAGAUGCAUCCUCAUCACAGGGUAAAUUCAAGAUUGAUAGAGAUACGGGAUCGAUAAUUGUGGCCAACAAACUGGACCGAGAAGAGACAAGUUCCUACAAUUUACUGAUUCAAGCAGUUGACAAUUACGAGUAUGGUUUUGUUACGGGUGAAUCAAGGCGAGCCUUUCAACAGAUUAUAAUCACAAUUAGCGAUGUAAACGAUGAAACACCUUUCAUCUCAAUUCCUUCAGGAUGUUCAACUGCCAAUGAAUUUUUACCUCUUCGUGACACAAUCACAGUGUUGACUGCAACCGACAAGGAUGAUCCUUUAACACCAAAUGGACGACUCAAGUUCACCAUUGUUGGUGGUAAUGAAGACAAGCUGUUUGAUAUUGAAACAGUGAAGAGUACCAAUCCUUCAUUGUCACUUCUUUCACGAUCUAUUAGACAAGCGCCACAAUCUUCAUCGUCUUUGUCCACUCUUCAAAUACCUGGUAUCAGUCCACUGUCAGAGGCUUCAGCGCGAGUCUUUAGUAUUAACUCACUUCGAGCUCGAGUUGGCAAUUAUACUUUAAAGGUUAAAGUUGAAGAUUCUGGAUCGCCAUCAAGAUAUUCAAUAGCCUCAAUACCAAUAUGUAUUAGUGAUGUAAAUGAUCGAUCACCAACCUUUCUUUACCCUCCGGUUAAUCACACAAUCAGGUUACCAGAAAAUUCAACAAUAGGUUCACCCGUGAUUGAGGUUAAAGCGGUUGAUGAUGAUUAUGGUUUAAAUUCAGUGGUUAAUUACAAGUUAAGAGAACUGCCCAAUGGCCAUUGGAAAACCUUUAAAAUUGAUAAACAAUCAGGAUUGAUUACUUUGGUUAAAACGCUGGAUCGGGAACGUCAACGCAUCUAUGAACUUCGAGUUGAAGCUUUUGAUCUUGGUGAACCAACAUCGUUAUCCACUGAUUUAGAUAUAACCAUUUUAAUUACCAACGUAGAUGACUUUGAACCCGAAUUUACCGAAGAUGUUUUCCAGGUUUCCUUUACUGAAAACACUUUACCAGGAAUUGAAUCUUUCAAGAUCUUACCAACCAUUGAUAAAGAUGAAAUGGACGAUCCUCUUGAAACAGCAGUUAAAUCAAUUCCUUGUUAUUACAUUGUUGGCGGCAAUGAAGAUGGUGCAUUCAAACUGGACCUUUUGACCCACCAAUUGACUGUAACUCGACCAUUGGACAGAGAAACUCGGUCAACCUAUUCAUUGAUUAUUCAGGCAACCAAUGAUUGUUUGAAAGAACCCAAAAAGGUUGAUAAAUUUGAUCCUCGAGAUAAUUCAUUGCUCCAAGUUGUCAUUAACAUUAAAGAUGUUAAUGAUAAUCCACCUAAAUUUGUGAAACCCAUUUUCACCGGUGGAGUUACAACUGAAGCAGAUUUUGGUACAGUUUUCAUGUCUGUCAAGGCAAUCGAUGCUGAUGAAGGUCCAAAUGCGGUUGUUAACUACUUUAUUGUUGGCCCACAACGACGUAAAUUGUCAAUUGGCUUGGAUACAAUAAAAGACGAUCCAUUCCUGGUGAACCGGAAAACCGGUGAAAUUGGAUUGAAUUUUGAUCCAAGAAAAGAUAUGAAAGGUUACUUUGAAUUUCAAAUAAUUGCUAAUGAUUCCAGAGGAUUACAUGAUACAGCUAAAGUAAAGAUUUACUUGUUGAGAGAAGAUCAAAGAGUUCGCUUUGUUUUACGAUUAACUCCAUCAGAGUUACGGGAAAGACUGGAGAAGUUCCGAGAUGUUCUUAGCAAUAUAACUGGAGCAAUUGUAAAUGUUGAUAAUUACAAAUUUCAUUCAAAUGGCGAUGGAAUUGUUGAUAAAUUAAAAACCGACCUUUACCUUCAUUUUGUGGAUCCAAAUGACAAUUCAAUCAUGGAUGUCAAUAAUGUCCUUAAACUGAUCGAUAAAAACAUUGACUAUUUGGAUCAAUUGUACAAAGAUUUCAAUGUUUUAGUCAGUGAGCCAUCGCAAAAUCGUGAAGAAGUGUUAACAUUUGAUGAUCAACUGAAAGCUUGUUUAAUCAGUUCAACAGCAUUUCUAUCACUUUUAUUGAUGUUGGUUACCUGUUUAUGUAUCAAUCAACGAAAUAGAUAUGAAAGACGCUUGAAAGCGGCCACAGCAACUGCUUUUGGUCAUCGAGAUCCUCAAUUGAACCGGACUAAUGUUCCCAACACGAAUAUUCAUGCUGAUGAAGGUUCCAAUCCUAUCUGGAUGACAGGUUAUGAUAAUGAAUGGUUUAAAGAUGAUGAACAAAUGAGUCACAAUUCAAAUGGGAACAAUUCAUUGGAUGAAAAUGCUGUCUCCGAAGGAUCAGGAGUUGGCACUGAUGGUGGAUCAAAUGGUGUGCUGAUGAAUGGUCCACUUACACCUACUGAUUCGUUAAAUGAAAGCCACCCUGGAACAGGAUCAGAGUCAUCAACAAAUGAUAAAUCAGCUCUUUGUCGUGGAGUUACGGCGGGUCGAUUGACUCCGCAAAACAUAACCCUACCUUCAUCUGCAACCAAUGGCAGGGUUAACAAUAAUAACAAGAAAAACUCUCAACGGCCUUUGGUUAAUAAAAAUUGUCUCAAUGGCAGUGGAACCAAUAAUGGUAACCAUUCAAUUGGCCGAGGAAGUUUAGUGAAUAAUGUUGUCGGUGGUGUGGGAGUUAGAGGUGAUUCGUUUAGUGGUAAAAGAUCUGGGAAUCAACUGUCUUGUAAAAACUCAAUCAACACAGUUUACAUUUCAUCGCCUUACUCGGACACUUCUCAGUACCAUUCAAACCAGAUUGGCGGCAAUAACUUAAGCAUAAUCAAUUUGGAGACAACUGAAUUGUAACAAUUGUAAUAUAGUUAAUUGGCAAAAGACAUUAUCAAAUACUUCAACCUCACAUCGCCAUCAUCAACUUUAACGCUAAAUGUUAUAUUUUUAGUCUCUUGAUGAUUUGUUCUUGACUAUUUCUGCCAUCCUAAUUGUUUUUACAUGCAAUGUUUUCUAAGUCAUUUCUUCACCUUCCCUAAAUCACAAUUAACUUUGAUUUCAAACCUCUUAACCAUCUUCAUCUUCUUUAACUCUCUUCAUUGCCAAAGAUUGGAUAGGUUGAUUAUAAAUUUUGUACAAAUUAUCUUUAUUUUCAUUUCCUUCCUUCUUUUUUGUAAUUGUGAUUGCUGAAUACUGGUCAGUCAUUCCAACAUGAACAAUCCAUAUCAGACUACGAAUUGAUUGUCCAGGCUUAGCAAAUCAGCCAAUCUCAUUGUAAAUAAAAGAUGUUUACUAUUUUUUAAAUAGUAAUUCAAUUUGGGUAAUUUGUUUGUUACCAAAUCUAAUGACUACUAAUUGUAACUCUUUUUUACCAAUUGUAUAAUUUAAAGAAAUAUUUAUCAUUGAUUGAUAAUAUUGAAAGGCAUUGAUGUUUUAUAAUAUCAUUCAAUGUAUUAUUAAAAACCGUGCCAACGCUUAUCAUGCUAAAAAAUGCUCGUCUCAGAUUGAGUAUCAUUUAAUAAUGACUACUUAAUGAUAAAGAUUUGUUCUAAGCAUUAAUUGUUUAUUUUUAAAUCAACAUUUUGUGAACAAAGUUGUAAUACAUUGCUAAAAUUUUGAAUAAAAUUUAUCUCCACCUUUUCA